GUCAGACCAGCAGAGAUCUUCUUCUACCACACUCUCACACACGGAUAACUCAGCCUCUGAUCGUUGUUACGCACCGAGCUGAUCUGGAUUACUGUUUGGACUUUACUCCGGGAUUUUAUCGGGACAGCAGCAGCCUCUCCGCGCUGUGGAUAGCUUUUCUUAACCUGGAUCUUGUGGAUUAUAUUACUGACUUCAACAUGACUCUGGAGGAAGUCGUCGGAUCCAACAGCACCGAGAAAAAGAUGGAGACAGUGAGUCAGGCUCUGGAGGAGUUGCUGGUCGCAGCGCAGAGGCAGGACUGCCUCACUGUGGGAGUCUAUGAGUCUGCCAAGCUCAUGAAUGUAGACCCUGACAGCGUGGUUCUGUGCGUCCUCGCCACAGACGAGGAGGAUGAAGAUGACAUCGCCCUGCAGAUCCACUUCACGCUGCUGCAGGCUUUCUGCUGUGACAACGACAUCAACAUCCUGCGCGUGUCUGGUGUGAGGCGGCUGGCUCACGUGCUGGAGGAGGACACCGGGGACAGCAACGGCAACGAGCCGCGAGACUUGCACUGCAUCCUGGUCACUAACCCUCCAGUGCAGCCAUUGCAGAGCACAGCCCUGCAGAACAUCAGCAGCUUCUGCGAGGAGAGCCGCUGCAGAAACCAGUGGGUCCCCUGCCUGGAGCUGCAGGAUGGCUGAGCCGAGCCGUACCAAACCGAACCGAGUCAGACCGCUGAGGAGCGGUGAGAAAGGAGUCAAAGAGUCCAAACAGCCGUCCUCCUGCUGGAGAGGAAAAACGGCGUUUGUGUUGAGAGAGGGACCGGGCCCGAGCUGAGCCUAGCCUGCUGCCUGACGUGGGGGGGUUGAGUCGUCUGGGAGCGCGGUCGAUGCCGGUACGGGUACCUGACGGGUUCAGAAAGCUGGACCCAGAGUCCCGUUUGACAGAUGAGGACUUUGCAGAAAGAUGCCUGUCCUGGAGCUGCAGAGAGAGUGAGACUGUCAUAUGACUGAGCGGCGGCAGCUGGAGGUCUUGUGACUGAAGUGAACUGAUGAUUGAGCUGAGGAGCUGCACGUGAAGCUCUGCAGCAGCUGAGCCACAGCUGCUCACUCAUGAACUGAGAGGAAGUUAACAGACAUGUGAUGUCAAGAUUGAGUGUUAUCUGUUAUUAGUGACAUGAUGGAGUUACUCAGAAAUGUUGGAGCUGAUUAUUUAAAUGAGAAGAGUAAUAUAUGAGUGAUUUAAUGUCAUCAAUAAAUUAUCGAACGACAA